UAUUGUAAUAGUGUGGAGUGUGGAGAGCGUUAUAGUGCCGUUUACUAUCAGAAAACUGUGGUGGACGGCGCCACCCUAUGGCCGAAUGUUCGUAUUACAUGCCGGUGUAAGGUUUCCGGUGUUAUGGCGACCGCCGGUCACUGCAUCGCUUCAAUCUGGGGAAAGCAGACUGCAUUCAGUGUGCGGUGAAGGGAAGCAUCUAUUUCGCAUGUCUGUGUAAUUCUGACUAUGCUGCUCCUGGUAGCACUGAGCAUAGUUUUUUCACCCAUUGUGGUAACCACUGAGACGCCUGAAAACCCACACCACAAACCACCAACACCACCUCUCAACUACAGCAGGAUCUCCCUGCCACCAGAGCACGUACCCUAUUUCUUGAACAACAACAAGAGGGUCGCCAAGCGAUGCCGCCUGGAUCCGCUCUGCCCUUUUAAAGAUGCACUCCAGGAUCUGUCUUUUUGUUGGGGUUAUGAGAAGAACUGUGAUCCAGAGAAACGCUUCAGCUAUCCUAUCUGCACCAAAGCUGACUCUGGAUGGGCCCGUUCACUGGAUGCCGCCCAGGAACUUUUCUGGAAGCAGGCUGAUUUCGGCUACGUCAAAGAGCGCCUCUCUGAGCUCAAAACACUCUGCAAGGCUACUCGGCCAGGGGACUCCUCAUUAAAGUGUUGUAGUUACACUAGAUUCUGCAAGGCUACAAAUCUUUACCUGGACUUACGAAAGCCACGCAGAAGUCAUGAGAGGUACAAAGAGGACUUCAUUCAGGCAGGAGAGAUUGGUGGACACUGCAAACUCAACAAGGAAGCACUUGUUGGAGAGGGGGACCACAAAAGCCCCUUGCAGUCUUGGUAUGCUGAGCUGCAGACAUACACAAAUCUGGACUUUCAUCCCAUAGAGGAUAGUUACUGUGAUAUAAUAGUUGAAAAACCUACUGUUUUCAUGAAACUCGAUGCUGGGGUGAACAUGUACCACCAUUUCUGUGACUUCAUCAACCUGUACAUCUCCCAGCACAUUAAUAACUCCUUCAGCUCAGAUAUCAACAUUGUCAUGUGGGACACGAGUUUUUAUGGUUAUGGAGAUCUGUUCAGUGAAACGUGGAGGGCCUUCUCAGAGUAUGACAUCAUCCAUCUGAAGACUUUUGACUCAAAAAGAGUUUGCUUCAAAGAUGCCUUCUUUUCCCUUCUCCCAAGAAUGAGAUAUGGUCUUUUUUACAACACUCCUCUUAUCUCAGACUGCUACAGUGAAGGGAUGUUUCGGGCAUUUUCCCAGCACAUCCUGCAUCGACUCAACAUCACACGAGACAAGCCACAGGAGGGGCGUGUUCGUGUCACCCUGCUCGCACGCAGCACAGAAUACAGAAGGAUACUAAACCACAUGGAGCUGGUAAAUGCCCUCAAGACUGCGCCUUUACUGGAGGUCAAUGUGGUAGACUACAAAUACAAGGAUGUUCCCUUCCUGGAGCAGCUGAGGAUCACCCACAACUCUGACAUCUUUAUAGGGAUGCACGGGGCUGGUCUCACCCACCUCCUCUUCCUCCCUGACUGGGCUGUCAUCUUUGAGCUAUAUAACUGUCAGGAUGAGAGCUGCUAUCGAGAUUUGGCUCGGCUGCGGGGCAUUCGAUACGUGACUUGGCAGAAAAUGGACAAAGUGCUCCCACAGGACAAGGGUCACCAUCCCACCCUUGGGGACCAUCCGAAGUUUACCAACUACUCCUUUGAUGUGGAGGAGUUCAUGCGCCUUGUGCUGGAGGCAGCCGAUUAUGUCACGCACCAUCCUAAAUGGCAGCGCCGUGCCCUUCGUGAUGAACUCUAGAGCGUCUGUGAGUGGACCGAGGGGGCGCAGACAUCUGGCUGCUGAAGAACUCUAAACUUUAACCUGCUUUUUUUCUGUGAUGGGAAAAGAAAAACUUCACAUUGGCAGAGUAAUCGUUAAGGUAUCUUGAAAAGUUGCCACAUUUACCAGUGAAUCACAGUGGUGCAGCGGGUUUUUUGUCACCUACUGUCUGCUGCAUUGACAGGUCUGGAUGAAUGAAAACAGUAUGGCGGACAGCUCGAGUUUGAAUGGCUUUCACUAGCUCUAUUAGUGUCAAAUCAGUUAAAGGACUAGGCGUGUGUAGUGGAACCAUCUGGAAAGCAAUAAGAUGUGUCCUAUGCUUCUUCAUUACCUCCCUGCGUCUGCUUCAUUCCACGUCGCCAGAGUUAGCAAAUGAGCAGCUGUUACGACAUUCCUUCACAUGCGACAUCUUGUCCCAUUUGAUCAGUGUCACGUUGACGGGAGCCUCUAGAGUUGUUGACAGUCACGCUAGAAUUUCUGCGCACAUCCUGCAUAAACCAGUCUAAUACGGUGAGCAGUAUUCACACGCUGGAUUCUCACAUCCAGUUGUAGUCUGACAUUUUGAAAUCAUGUGGUUUUAAGUUACAAUCUCAUCCCAAACACAUAAAAGUCUAAACGGUAAGAGACAGAAUGUGUCAUCCCUACUGCCAUGAUGUAUUUUCCGUUGUAUCAGUAUUAAUGUUUGUGUGUUUAAAUGCAGGAAUAGUAUUUAGAACAGUAACGCUGCAUACAUGUAUGCGUAUGUUGUAUGUUGUAUGUUAUCAUGUAUGCGUGUGUAAACCUUAACAUACUGAUGAAGAUUGUUUUAGGAUGAAAAGCAAAAAUAUUUAACUGGCUUUGCGGCUCUACUCUUUGCUGCUGGAUCUUUAUUUAAAUUUGACCUGGUUUUCUUUAAUAUUUGUCACAUUUAUUAUUUAAAAAUGUGUUGUGCUGGUUUGAUUGAAUACCUUUUGAUGCCAAUGCCUUUUUCAUUAUAAAUUCCUUUGCAUUCUACCAAAGGAAAUGUCAGCGUCGUUAUGGUCAAAUAAUGAGAGUGCUGCUAUUAUCUGUUACCUUUUCCAGAGACUUCUGAAUGCUGUUAGUUUUGUAUUUUACAAUAAAUUUGUCUGAAUUGGAAUGACAAUUUG